UACAUGAGUGUGACUCAUUCUCACUCCCUUGACUCUUUAUAAGCGUUCCUUCCAUUUUCUCCUUCCAGCAAAUUCCACUCUUCAAAAUAACUCUUGUUCCUCAAAACACAAACACCAUAACAUGGGAGAGAAAAAAGAAGCGGCGAAGAAUGAGGGCGAUAAGAAGCCUGAAUCAGGAGCAAAGCAAAACGACGGACGCCUACCUGUCGUUUUGAAACUCGACAUGCAUUGCGAGGGAUGUGUCAAGAAGAUCAAACGCGCCGUUCGCCAUUUCGACGGUGUGGAAGACGUUAAGACCGAUCUAUCAAGUAAGAAACUAACGGUUAUUGGAAAAGUCGACCCUGCCAAAGUGCGAGAUAAACUAGCGGAGAAAACUAAGAAGAAGGUCGAACUCAUUUCUCCUCAGCCUAAGAAGGAUUCCGCCGGGGAUAAACCGCCGGAAGAGAAAAAAUCCGAAGAGAAGAAACCGGAAGAUAAAAAGGCAGAAGAAAAAACUCCGAAAGAGAGCACGGUGGUGUUGAAGAUCAGACUGCACUGUGAAGGUUGCAUUCAGAAGAUUCGAAAGAUUAUCCUCAAAACCAAAGGAGUUGAGUCGGUGAACAUUGAAGGAGGAAAGGAUUUGGUGAGCGUAAAGGGGACGAUGGACGUGAAAGAAAUAGUACCGUAUUUGAACGAGAAGCUGAAGCGAAACGUUGAAGUGGUCCCACCCAAAAAAGAGGGUGGUGAUAAGAAAGAGAACAACAAGAAGGAAGGUGGUGGUGGUGGUGGUGCUGAAGGUGCAGCGAAGGUGGAGGUGAACAAAAUGGAGCACUACGGGUACGCGUACCCAGCUCCCCAUAUGUACUGGCACGGUCACGGUGGAUACGCACCUGGUGAAAGUAGUAGUAGUAGCAGCAGCAGCAACAACAGCUAUGAGGUAGAGGUUCAAUCAGGGUAUUCGUAUUCGAAUCAAGGUUAUGAUGGUAAUUACGUGAAUUACCCUUACCAGCAUGGGUAUAAUGAUAAUUACAUGGCAAUGGCACAACCACCACCCCCGUUCUACUUGAACCCUCACCAUCCUCCUCCACAGAUGUUCAGCGAUGAGAAUCCGAAUGCGUGUUCCGUGAUGUGAGGCAACGUCUUGUUUCUCAAUAUUCUAUUAUUGAUUUUGAUGUAUAGCCAUAUGCAGGCUGUAAAUAACAGAUUUUAUAUAGAUUUGAAAAGAGUUCUGUAUAAUACUAUUAGUACUAAUUAGAAAAAUGUAGUACAACUUUUGCUAUUAAAGCAUGCUUAAUGACAUAGAGAGCGGUACGGCCGGCCGGCUUGGACAAAUCCGGUUCAGGUAACUUUUUAAAAAAUGGAGUUGUAGCCUUUGCAGCUCUUUUUGGUUGUUCUGCU